AUGUUGCCUAAAAGUGGUGGUAAUAGCAAGGGACCAUUUACAGGAACAGUUGAUGAUGGUCAUAGAGCAAUCAAAUAUACAAGGUUGUCUGGUGUAAAAAGAGAAGUUUAUAAUGAAGGUGCACAUUUCAUGUUACCAUGGUUUGAAUCACCAAUCGUUUAUGAUGUUGGAGCUAAACCAAGAAGUGUUGCUUCUUUAACUGGGACAAGGAUACAGGAAUUGUCAACAAUUUAUAGAACCCUUGGAACUUACUACGAUGAAAGUGUUCUACUUUCUAUUGUAAAUGAAGUUCUCAAGUCUGUGGUUGCUCAAUUCAAUGUUUCACAAUUAAUCACAACAAUUUACUCAAUAGUUGAAGCGAAACAAAUUGCUCAACAAGAAGCACAACGUACAUUCUUCGUGGUGGAGCGUGCAAAACAAGAAAAUCAAUCAAUUAUCAUUAAAGCAGAAGAUGAGACCAAGUCUGCUGAAUUAAUUGGUGAGGCUAUUAAGAAUAAACCUGGAUUUACUGAAUUAGAAAAAUUGAAAUUGCAAGAGAAAUUGCUUCUAUUCAAAAUCGCGGAAUUAUUUAGAAGAACCUACACUGUAGCAGCUAACAAAGUUUCACAGGAGAAAUUGGUUGACCCGAAUCAACUACCAAAAACUGAAAUCUUAUUAAAAAGAUUUUGGAAAAAUACAUCAAUAACAAAAAAUCAAGACGGUAAUUAUUUAAUAAUACUUGAUAAACGUCAAUUGAAAACACCUGGAGGAUCACACUUGAUCAUACCAAAAACGAAAAAGUAUUUGGCAUUAUUGAUUGCUGUUGCUAGAGCAAUAGAUGUAUUUGAUAAAGAUGUUAAAGAAAGAGAGAAAGUAAUUACCAGUUUAAUUAAAUAUCUUGAUACUGAUACUAUUUGUUAUCAAGAACCAUUUCCUGAAUCUUUGGUAAAUCUUCAAAAAGAACAUUGGGAUCCAUUAAUAAAUUGGAUACAAUCAACUUAUAAUAUUGAAAUAAAAUCAACACAUAGUAUUAUUGGGAUAAAACAGCCAAUUCAAUCCAAAGAAAAACUUCAUUCUAUUAUUAAUAAAUUUGAUGGAUUAAAAUUAGCAGCUUUUGAACGUGCUACAAUAAUAUCAAAAUCAUUUAUUAUUGGCCUUGGUUUGGUAGAACGAAAACUAUCAGUUGAAGAGGCUGCAAAAGCUGCAAGAAUUGAAACAAUCUCACAAACAAUGCGUUGGGGUCAAUUAGAAAAUGGUUAG